GCUGGUGACUGGUCUUGCCUGCUGGUUAGUGGUUGUGGGGCAGUGCAGACAGGUGGGAGUUAACGCGGCUCUCUUUCGUCGAUCUCUUCGUCACCGUUUACCUUGUGCGGGCGUUCCCCAAGGCAGGAUGACCUUACUGAAGAGAUGCUGUUGCUGCGGUGAUCUGCGGAGCGGGUCCCUCACCAUCGGAGUGAUUUCCUUCCUGUUGAUCGGCGUAGGGCAGCUGAUCAUGGCUAUCUACUGUCUCAUCAACAUCAAGGAGACACGCAAGAGGCUCAAAUUCAACAAUGCUGUCACGUUCGGCAUCGUGGAGCCUGAUUCUGAUGCUGCUGCCUACAUUUUCUUCGCUAUCCUGAUGCUGGUGGCCUGUAUUUACAUCAUCUCAUCGCUGCUCCUUAUCCACGGCGUCCGCACAAAGAGACGGUUCCUGCUGCUGCCUUGGGUCUUCUUCACGUUCCUCAACAUGGUGAUGGCGUUCUCUGGCGGCAUCCUGGCCCUCAUUAACUCCCACGGUUACCCUCUGCCCAUCAUCGUCGGCUGCAUCGUCCUCUUCAUUAGCAUCGUCUGGAUAUACUUCACUUGUGUUGUGUUCAGCUUCUUCCAGGCACUGCAAGACGGGGACUACUGGUGAUUCUCUCUCUCUCUCUCUCUCUCUCUCUCUCUCUCUCUCUCUCUCUCUCUCUCUCUCUCUCUCUCUCUCUCUCUCUCUCUCUCUCUCUCUCUCACUCUCGUGAUACUCUAUCCCACUCUUCUCUCUUUCAACCUGUUCUUUGUUCCUCCUCCCUCCCUCUCUCUCCCUUCCUUCCUCUUCUUUCUCUCACUUCCUCUUGUUUCUUCUUUUAUCUUCUCUCAGUUCUUACAUCAGUGUCUUUCUAUCCUGUUUUUGUUGCUUUGUCUUUCAUUAUCUUUUUUUUACAUCUGUUUUGUUUAUUUCUUUUUUUCAAUCUGUCAAUAACUCCUUCACUUUUUUUUAUUCUCUUUCUUCAUCUCUUCCUCAUGAAUUUUUCCUUUUUAUAUUCACAAUUUUCCCUUCCUCCUCCUUUUAUUAUCACAUAUUAUUCACAAUUUUCAUCUUCCUCCUCCUUAUCCUUCCAGUUCACCUCUAUUAUGUAUUCUCUUUGUUAUAUUAUUUUCACAGCAUUCUCAUCUUACUCUUUAUCCUUCUUCCCUCCUUAUUCACAUUUUUUUUCGUCUUCUUCCUCUUCAUCUUUCCAAUUUACACAUCUGCUCUGCUUCAUCCUUCUCCUCACACUCUUUUCUUGCUUUGUCCACUUCAUUUUUUAUCCUCCUUAUCUCCAGUUAUCAUAUAUACUUUUAUUCACCUCCCUUAUUCUCUAUCCUUCCAUUAUUCUCCUCAUUUUUUAUCCUCCUUAUCUCCAGUUCACGUCUCUGCUUCAUCUCCCUUAUACUCUCUCCUUGCAUUAGCUACUUAAUUUUUUAUCUUCCUUAUCUCCAAUUCACUCGUCUCUACUUCACUUCCCUUGUACUCCUUCUUUGCAUUAUUCACUUCAUUUUUAUCCUUUUUCUCCAAUUCACUUACAUAUUUACUUUUCCUCAUCUCCUUUACACUCUCAUUGCUUUAUUCACUUAAUUUUUAUCCUCCUUAUCUUCAAUUCACAUAUCUCUGUUUUACCUCAUCGCCGUCUGCUUAUAACCAGCCUUCACCCGGGGCCCUAAGCGUCACCCAAUAGAGUAUUAACUUGAGCCCUCCACUCCCUCUCUUUCUCUCUGAGCGCGAGACAGACCAGGGAGGCGGAAGGAUGUAGAGUUUAAACCAAAUGAUAAAGAUUGUAACCCAUUAUAGGAGCUGUGUGUGUGUUUUAUGAUAAAGAUUGUAACCCAUUAUAGGAGCUGUGUGUGUGUUUUAUUAUUAUUAUUAUUAUUAUUAUUAUUAUUAUUAUUAUUAUUAUUAUUAUUAUUAUUAUUAUUAUUAUUAUUAUUAUUGUUGUUGUUGUUAUUAUUCUUUUUUUGCUCUAUUGACAACUUUAAAGGAAAAAAAUUUCAUCUCUACACCAGCCUAUUGUUUACAAAUGGAUACCAGAUGUACAAUGUUUAACGAUUCCCUUUUAUUUACGUAUUUUUCGAACCAUCCCACCAAUGAUUACUACACGCAUAUCACGUAUACUUUAUCAUAUACAUAGCUGACAAAUGAGCAACUAAGUCUCAUCCUAUACCAGCCUAUACUAUACAUAUACCUCCAUGUAUACUGAAGGACUAUUUUGCACGUAUAUUUUGCUAUGUAUCACCCGUAUGCAGUAUUGUAUAUAUCACUGCCAUGUAUCAGACUAGGUGUGGCGUGGCGUGGCGUGUCAGUGCCUGUAUCCUGUAUCGGUUUUUUAAGUGUUUAGUGAGACAUUGGAAGAUAAACCAUUACCUAAAACAUGAUAAGGCAAAGUGGAUGAUAAGAACAGUAUUUUUCUAUUUAUACUGCCUCCCUCAUUUACCUUUUAAUUAUCAUAGCUACAUUUAUCUUUUAUAUGUUUUAUUUUGUUUAUUUAUUCAUUAUUUUGUCCACAUUUUACACACGCCUCCCUCUCUCGUAUUAUAUUUUCAUUACGAUUACAUUCACCUUUCUAAUUCUGCUUUAUUUUCUAGUUUCUUUUCUUUUCUUUUUUUUUUUUUUUUUUUUUUUACAAUUGCAUUAAAAUAGUUUCAUUGCAUUUAAUUGUUUUCGUUCAUUGCAUUACGCUCGUACCUCACCAGCGCCAAGUUUUCUUUUAAUCAUUGUAAUUAUCAUCUUAAUUAUGUAAUGUAACGUUUGGCUUUGUUUAUCAUCACCAUCAUCAUCUUACCAUUAAUUACCAGAUAUUUCCACAUUUUUCUUAGUUCAUUCACAUUUUUAAUCAUUGCUUUUAAGGCAGAGAAAUAUUAAUAGUCUUCUCCUUUGUCUAAUUUUCAAGGAAGGACCGUGGCAAUUUUUUUUUUUUUUUUCUUAUAUUUUUCCUCUCGGUAGUAGUUUGUUAAUGUGUACUCGACAGUAUGAUGACGUCCUGCUAAUAUUACAGUGUUAAUGAAUAGCGACAGAGAGAGAGAUUUAUAUAUUUAUGUAUGUAGUAAAGAACUCGUGUCCAAAUUUAUAAAUGACUCCAGUCAUGCAA